AUGGGCAAGCUUCCGAACCUUCGAUCCAUCUUCGCAAGUGCCAGAACAUCGGACGAGGAGAAGCAAUUGUCUCGGGCGACGUUCUACAGAUUCGCCGUCUUUGUCGGAUCAUGCGUCUUCAUCAGCUUGUUGGCGUCAAAGAGCAAUAGCAGCGCUCGGGAUACGAGACGGGCCGUCUCCUCCGCGGUCACACAGGUGUUCACAGAUGGAGGCCUCAAGCUGGUCUAA